AAGCCAAGAAGCAAAUCAAAGAAAGCUAGCUACAAAGCAAAAUAAAGAAGAGACAAGACAAGUCCAAUCUCAACUGAAAUACAAAUGGAAACUUCAAUGUACAUGAGCAACAUAAUCAUGACCAGCGUCCCUUGCAGGACAUUGUCAGGAGAGAUCAAAUCCAAGGAGAAGUCACUGAGACGGCGCUCGGUCAAUCUCCCCAUCUCUCGACCUUCUUACCUGGAGACCAAAGCCGUUGUGGCCCCUCCAAGGAGAAAGGGAGUCCACUUCCCAGUCAGCGUUCUCCUCCAGCAAGCAAUCACUGAGGGAGACCUGAUCGAAGUCAAGCAACUCAUAAAAGACUAUGGAAACAUUGUUGUGGAGGAGAGGGAGCCAAGCGGGCUUCCACCAGUCAUGAGAGCCAUCUUCGAGGGACAACUAGAGAGCCUCAAGCUCCUAGUCAACAGUGGAGCAGAGCUGACCACUACUGAUCCAGAAGGAUGGACAGCACUUCACGUAGCUGCAGCAAUGGACGACCUCGAGGCUGCAACAUUUGUCAUCUCAGCAUGCAACGAGCCACUAACAUGCAUAAGGAACGCAGACGGACAGAGACCAGUGGAUCUCGCAGAGAGCCCAGAGAUGGCCCGCUUCCUACUAAAAUCAGACCUCAAUGAUCUCAGAAUAGACAGCACCACCCUCAGCAAAUCCUCAAGCAUAGACGAUACAGAAAUGUCAGUCCUCAAAACAGUCAGAAAUCACUACGAGAGCAACCAAGAUGUUGAGUUCCUUAAUGUAAUGCUCCAAAGUCAGACCGAGUUUGAUACACUACUACAUCUAGCAGCAGCCAAGAACUACACAAGACUCGCAUACUACGUAUUGAAGCAUCAACUGGUUGAUCCAGACGUAAGAGACAGAGAAGGAUUCACACCGAUCCACAUUGCUGCCUUCAACUCAAGCGUCGAUGUAGUAUUACUCCUUAUUGAAUACGGAGCUUCCAUUCAUACUCUUACCAACUCAUACGAAAAGACAUCGGAUCUAACCGACAAUGAACUAAUUUUAGAAAUUCUUCAUGAAGAAGAAAGUGUCGAGUACAUUUAAAUGUAAAACUUUUUUUACUCACACACACACAUGCAAAACUCAGUCACACUCACUUGUACAAUAUUUUG